AUGACAGUUCAUCAGUUGUUCAUGAUAGUCGAUGAUAGUUUGAGGAAUUUUACCGUGAAUUUCAAAGUCUGCGGCCCUUGUGCACUUUACGUGAUGAAACUGUGCUUUACCCCAUCUAUCACUCCGUACCGAAAAAUUUUACCAAGCUUUGCCGUUGGUUUUCAGGGAAAUAUUCCAUAAAGACCCGAAAAACGAUAAAACUCAGUCACAUGCUAUCAUUAUUAUAACCUCUGGUAAAAGCGACGACUGUUUCAGUUCAAUACACCGACACACAAUCAGCCUUACUUCUACGGGUACCACAGAAACUUAAAUAUUUUAAAUUUACUUGGCCCGAGGGAAUUCAAAUUUCAUUCAUUGUCCAUCCCGUAAUACUAACCGAAACUAACAGGAUCUGUAUGACUGAGUUAUGAAGACAUCUUUUCCACAAAAUUCGUUAAUAGCCUUUUGCAAACAAAAACUUAAACCGACGAGUUUAAUGGUUUUACAUACUCGUUGAAAGGCCACACCAGCGCGAAUUCUCUUGCAGUUUAAAGUGCACACUUUCUUGCUUCGAAAGUGCGCUGUUUUUUUUUUCCAAUACACAGGUAUCCCCGAUCACGUAAAAGCAUCCUUUAUUCCUUUGUUCCAUUUUUGACCGCCUCUUUCAGCAGACACAAAGAUGUUUUUCAGCAAACUUGACCCUUUUGCCCUUUCUUUUGUAAUCCUCACGAUGAUCAAGACGGAUAAGGAAACGUGCUCCACAACUACACGACGUGUUCUCCAUUUUUGCCGAAGCUGCUUGAGGUCCUUGAGCAACAUCUCGUGAAACUAAAGAAAAUGUUUUUUGGCAAACAGUUUUGGCAAAGUCUGGCGUGUUUUGUCAUUGGAGGGAUAAUCACAGUCAUAUUUAUAAAAAUAUUUGAAUGGCAAACAGGUCGUAACCAAGAGCUGGGGGACAAACGAAUACUCGUUCCUGUACAAGAGGUCGGUGACGGGGAAAGAGAAGAGCCAAUGGAAAUUAGAAAGUUUCCUCGAGAACAAGACGACUUUUAA